CAGUUCGUUUCCGAGUUCGUUUUAUGGCCAUCCAUGAGGAAUCCGUUAGAUCGCGCGUGGCCAUGGACUUCACCGGCGCCGUCGGCAGAAUAGUCGAAGACCCGCAGGAGGCGACCGCCAUCGCCGCCGCCGAGGGCUACUCGUGGAAGCGGCGCUGGCGGGGCGGCUACACGCGCCCGCCCCCAACUGGAGGGGCGGGCGCCGCCGCCUCGCUGGUGCAGACGCACGUGCACCAGGCGAUGGAGACGGGCGUGCACGUGGCGCAGCCGUGGUUCCACGCGGGGUUGACGAGAGACAGGGCGGCGGAGUUGGUGGCCAAGUACGGCACCGUCGACGGGGUGUUCUUGGUGCGCGACAGCCGCUCCCACCCCGGCGCCUACGUCAUCACGUACAAGUGCGGUGGCAAGGUCAUCCACGCGCAGGUCACCCCCACCCUCGACCCUUUGCGCCACCGCGCCGUCCUCACCGUCGACAGCGGUGCCACCAAGUUCUACGACCUGCUGCAGCUGGUGGAGUUCUAUCAGCUGAACGCCGGCUGUCUGCCCACGAGGCUCACGCACUACGUCACCUUCAUGGCGACGGGGGGUGAGGUGGGUGAGUCGGGAAACGACAGGAGUUGUUCGGCGGACGAUUUUUAGGGUGUCAACUUUUCACCCCAUUCAGAUGGCCGCCGCCAAAUUUCAUGACCAGUGCAACUUAUCUGUUUCCAUCAUUUGCACGCAAUCUGGCUGGCCACUCCACGUUUUUGCUGAAGGAUGAUAUGGUCCAACAAAGUUAGGUCAACAUUUCCUGCAACUAAAAUGAAUUAUUAUCAUCUUGCUGUUCAACAUAAGAAAAUGAAACAUCGCGGAUUUUUAUCAAUAAUUGUAAUUGAUGAGUUU